GAAGGUUUGCUCGCGUUGUGGAGAGCCGUUGGAGCGGAGAUAAAUCGCCAUGGAAACCAAAGUAGACGCAGGGAACGGGAGCGCUGUUUGAAUACGGGGGAGCUGGUUGCUGUACGCGGGGAAUUAUUAACAGAGGAACGGAGGUGUUUUGUGUUUGGAAAGGAAAAAAAUCUGGUGGAAUGGCACGUAUCCCAUACCAAUGUUAUUACUUUAUCCCAUCUUUGCAGGCUGUACAUUAUUGUAGGCAGGCUGCCCACACACAACAUGCAUGUUGCUGUGAUGGCAACCGGGGCCUGUAUUGGUAACAGUGGAUGUCAUGAACGGGCCGUCUGAGAGAAUAGGUCAGAUAUGCCCUUGAAGUGUAAUGGAGGAUUGUGGUACCGAGGGAAUUUGUGAUUGGCAGAGCCACGUCUGUCGGGAGUGUUUUCGCUGUACAUGUUUGUCUGGGAGGGAUUGGGUGUACAGUAGAUUGCCAGCUCGGAUGUCAAGACGGAGCUGUGAAGAGCCUGGCAAGGAUGUCGACCGGACACCCGAAGAAACCACCUGGCGUCAAGAAGAGGCAGGCAUUGCGUGUACCUACCAUUACUCUGGCCACGCCCAGCCUGCUCGCACCGGCUAGUACAAAUUCUAACUUGUCUCGGACAAAGGGUAUGGCGGUGUCCAUUGGCACUUUUCCAAAUCAGCUUGCACCUCUUCAUCAUGCUACGGCCCCGUCUCCGUAUCCUUCGCUUGACGGUGUCUUUACGCCCAGGGUGUCUCAAACCAAGCAAGACGUGAGGGACAUCGGCUUGCAGUUUAAGAAGGGUUAUUUUGUUCCUGCCAGCUACCGGCGCACAUUGGUGGAGAAAGCCACGAGUGAGGACUGGGUUCCAUUUUGUGUAACUCUUCUAAGCAUUGAUGGACUUGGUCCGAUGUUCUCAGAAAAGGAAGAAGACAUCAAAGUGGAGUACGAAGUGAGGUUACACCUCUACGAUGUGACGUACAAGAUGUUUUUUGGCCGUUCCUGGGUGGGGCCGCGACAGAGCACCAAAAGAGGGCCAGCCAACACCUCAAGACUUUCAUAUAACGUGCCUGUAUAUUUCCACACAUCACUAGCAGAUCAAAACAUAGUCCUAGUGGUGGAAGUUGUACGGGUGACCACCUCGAGGGGCGGUGAGGUGCAGCUCAUGGCAUGCGGUUGGGGCAUCUUGAGGCUCUUCCAUCAAGGAGACUUCAGCGAUACGUCUCACAGCACGCCAGCGCCGGUCAAGAGGCUAGAUCUACUUCAUGGCUCCCCUAGAGCUCUGUUCUUCGUGGGGGACGAUAUUGAAGGAAAUAAAAAACUCACAGUGAUAUCCGACUGUCAGGUUUGCUACACGAUACGCACGCACCGUUACAUGGAUAAGAUCAUGCAUCUUGUUCCAGAGAACGUCUUACUCUCUGGCCACGAGAGAGUGCCUGGCGUUGCCGUGGUAGAUCCCAAAGAAGGCGGAGACAGCUUACGGAGACCAAGGCCACUGAAGCGAGUCUCCGCAUCCAUUAACAACAUAUCGAUUGUCGUGUAUCCAACUUUUGACGAAUUUGAAGAGGAACUGUGCCAACAGCUGAACUCUGACCGCCUCGCCAUGGAGCAAGUCCAGUCCGACAAAUGUAACGUCGUUGUCUUGGAGCGAAGGUUGCAGAUCGGCGUUCACAAUGGGUGGGGUUAUGUCGGAAAGCCACAGGUUAUUUUACUAGACACGGCCGACUCUCUCACUAGAGGUCACAGCAGGGGAAGCAUGAAACGGUCGAAAGGAAGACCGCUGUCCACAUCAGGGUCAAGUGAAAGUCUUGGAUCGGCUCUGCUGGUCAAAAACAGGAUCACCUUGUCUCAGCUUGUGGAGGACCCGGCUGUCGUGAUCGUCUUUCUCCUGGAGUACAUCGUAUCGUUACCCGCGUCCACGCAAGACAGAAAGUCCGCUAUGAGCAUCAACCGGGCACAAACGCAAACCAUCGCGCUCCGCUGGGCAGCCUGGACGCCAACGUUCAAGGAGAGCACGUGCGAAGUGGCGGCACAGCUGCAAGGGGGUGCCCUGCCGAACCCGGACAACAUCAUGGUCUACCGGAAUCACAGCGCGGCUCUGAGCGACAGGGAGAUGUCCAGGCUGGCAGCUGGGAAGAUACAGUUCAUCUUCAAUGUCAAGAAGGAAGGCAGUUCAAGACCUGUGUCUCCACAGUCGACCCAGCCCUCUGAACCGCCCAGGCAUUCCUCAAUGCUGCCAGACAGUCAGGAUGUGGUGUCCGACCAGAAAGGUAACCGUCGAUCCGUUGUGUCCCCCGUCUCACCUUCUUCACUCACAGACCAGGCUUCCCUCCCAGACGAGGCACCACCAGGGCUCGCCAGCAGGCCUCCCUUGCCUCGAGGUUUAAGACUUCCAGAAAGUGGUGCUCCGUCUCAUCAAGUGGGCGUUCAGCCGUUUAUGCAGCAUCCCGGCGAUAGCCAACAUCUCCUCACUCCUCAGUACGCAACCACGGUCCACUCUUCGCCUCAUUCAUUUCCCAUGGAGAUCAAGCAUUUGGAGGUCGGUGUACCGGGUGGGACUACUGUUCCCGGGGACUUGGAAGAGCUACCAUUUACCCCUGUUCACGCACCCAUCAUGCCUGUCGGACCAUACGUCACAAGCGCUCGGGGGUUGAGUCGAGCCUCCUUCGCCCACCUGAGCCAGGCCGGAUUUCCCGAGCUCCGAGACAGAAACGGGGAGGUGGCAGAGGUGGUCGACCCGUCGGACCAGGUCACCCUGAAUCUGCAGAAGGAGAGUUCGGAUGUGCUGCAGUGCAACGAAAUUGUCGUCCAACUUCUUGCCUUCUCCAGAGUGCUCCAGUUCCAACAGUCUGCCGUGCCGACCUCACCCAGGACAGUGUUCUUCACAUUCCAGUUCUACAGGUAUCCACCUGUUACAACCGAGAGGCUGCUACUGGGGAACGUAGAGGGGAGCUUGACGUCCGACUCCCAGAGUCUACCCUGCGUGCUGAGGAAGAUGGAGCAUGACGAAGCCAAAUCUCAGGAAAUACCCGGCUGGAUGGUUCGCUAUAACGUCGACCCGGGCUUCUUAAAGCCCGGCGAGAGCCAACUGUUUGUCAAGUACCUGCACCAGCAGACGCUGCAUCUUGACGUCUGGGACGGCGAUUCGCUACUCCUGAUUGGCUCCUGCGCAGUCGAGCUGAAGCAUCUUCUACGUAGCGGACGAGAAUCUGUCCAGGUGUCUCACGAGCUAGAUGUCAUUACAACAGAGUACGGUGAGGACACCCACGCCAUGACCGGAGACUUGGCGAGGAGUGGCAGUGUGCGACCAGUCGGCGUGAAGGCUAUCUUAAAGGGACACCUCCACCUCAGGCUGGCCAACAUCGGCCACUCAGUGGACCGGAACGUCGUCAAGGCCGCGACGAUGCACCCGCGUGACGCCAAGGUCGUGGUGCAGGAAGACAACAGUGGGGCCUUCCUGGGAGGGAGCGUCAAUCUGGGAGCUAGACCAAGUGGUCUGGGAUUGGCCAAUCUGAAGCAGAAGCGCAGCUACAUCGCCUCGCACAUGGCGGAGACCGACCGGGAGCUGGCCUCGGCCUUGCUGUCAUCUCGCGCCGGGCAACCUGAGAGUGCAUCCCAGGCGGCGACCCGGGAGGGUGACUACAAGAAGCAGAGGAAGCUUGCCCGAAUGGAGGCCAUCAGGCAAGCUCAGGCCGAAGAUACCCUCCGAAAGGGAGCCAACCAGAGCUUACUGUUAAAGAAGGAGGAAACUCUUCAUCGAACCAGGGAUCUGAAGACUAUUGAGCUGUAUCGGGAUCGAAUCAAGAAAGAUGGCAUUCUCUCCAUGCUUCAGACGGCCAUCACCACCGAGCACACCAUCCACCCGUCGUUUGGUGACGCCGAGUUUUGGGAGUACAUCCUUCGGAAUCCGUAUAACGUGCAGCACACCAUUUCCAUCCAGUGGGACGAUCCCGAACUGAGUAUCAUCACUGAUCCCCGAGAGUGGAGGCAUUUCAAACAGCUCUUUGAGACCUACACGGCCGUGGAGGAGAACAUGUUUAGUGAACUGUCCAAGGAGAGUCCCAACGGCUCCGGACUUCAGUUGUUCCUGAGGCCCAAGGAGACGGUCAACAUUCCUUUCAAGUACCAGAGCUUCAAGGCCAGCCAUUCUGUGCCUCCUCAGGGCCCCCAGAUGGCAUCUGGGCCGUACCUCAAGAUUCAGGCUUUGCCCGAAGAAAAGAAAGUCGACCUCGCCUUGGAGUCCAAGAAAAUCAAGAUCUACUUCAGGACGCAAGACAACAAGCCCAUAGCCAUCCUCUCCCUCAACGUAGAACCCCAACCUCACGUCAUUAAUCAAACCUUCCGAUUUCACCACCCAGAGCAGUCCUUCCUGAAGAAAUCCAUCCGGUUGCCCCCUUUCCAUUCUGUGUCAGGUGUACAGCACGGAGUGGGAGCUCUUGGCCAGCUGUUUGUCAAAUGUAGUGACGGAAAUGUCAUCUGCGAGACCAAAAAAGUUUCAGCUGGCGAGCCACAGGACGUCUUCCUCAAAGUUGCCUGCGGCCUGUCGCCGUCCGUCAAGAAGAUGUUCAUUCUGAUCUAUUCCACGCCCUACUUGUCCAAGCCUCUCCAGACCUGGCAGUUCUACAUACAUUCCCUGCAGCGAGUGGACGUGUCUUGUGUUGAAGGGCAGACCAGCCGGCAAUCGCUCAUACUGAGAGGGACUCGCGCCUCCAGACUGGUACAAUGUUUCUCCUCGCAUCCAAAUGAGAUGCAGAUAAUGCCAUCGGAACCGUUCAUGCUGCUGGCCAAUGCUGUACAUGAGAUCCACGUCGGCGUGCGUCCCAUCUCUGUCGGCAGCAAGUUCAUGUACAUCAAUGUCGUCGAUAAAGAGUAUCACCAGCUGGUACGAUCUUGGCUUGUGUGCGUACAGUGUCGUCAGCCGGUAAUAUCUAAAGCCUUUGAGCUUCAGUUACCGGUGGGCGGCGGAAAAGGUUCCAAUAAGCGAAUCACGUACACGAAUCCCUACCAGCAGAGCAAAGAGUUCAUCAUUCGGUGCAAUAGGGACGAUUUACUGCAAUUCAAAGAGGCAAAAGUUCAGAUCGGAGGCAGCGAGACGUACAGCCUGGGACUACGUUUUACGCCGUGCCAGCAAGCUGGAAGUGCCGAGAUUCUCAUCUUCAUCAACGACGACCGGGACAACAACGAAGAAACCUUCCUCAUCAGGGCGAUCUAUUCGUAGCGGCCUGUCAAAAACCUCUUCCGAGACAUUCAAUCAAUCCCCGAAUGGUGCCCAAACAGGUCGCGUUCGUUUCACUCGUGAAUGUGAGCAACGCUUGAAAAGAUGAAAGACGAACCAGGAGAUAGGCUUGCAGAGCCCCUGGACACUUGCAGACGUAGAGAGGAGACGAGAGAUACAGGCAGUAAACCAGCGGUGGUGCAAAUCCCUGCCAAUGAGUUGGGGGUGGGGAAGGAUGAAAUUCUUGACAUUACCGGGCCGAGGAAAAAUUUUGAAAUGGAAAGGAAGGUAACAUCACAUUUUACUAAAGCAGGAGGUUGUUCAUGGUACAGAUGUUCAUAGCUCACUCUUAUGAAAGUUGUCCAUUGAAAGGUUGAAAGGUCUCUUUUUGUAAUUAAAAUUUCCAUCAGCUGUGUCAAUGCCAUCACGGUAAUGUUAGGUUGCAUUAUCAUUAUGCAAAACGUUUGAUUGUGAAUACCUGUGAUGUGAUUCUAUUUAUGAAUUUAUAUAAUACAACACAUCGUAAUGCAGUCUAAUUUGUAAGUUGUCAAAAAAGACAUUAAAAGAUACAAUAAAAUAAGA